CAUCCGGUUUGUGUUAUCGUCGUAAGUAGGUCAACACCGGAUAGUGAUAGGGGUUGAUCUAACGUGGAACAGAACCAAGAUGGCAGCGUCACCGCCCGUCCAGAAGGCCCAGACACAUCUACCGCCGCUCGAUGAAGUUGCCAAAGCUCUCUCCGACGGGUUGUCAAAGAACUUCGCUGACGUUAGUGCCUGUGUUGUUGACUGUCCAGACCUCACCAAGAAGCCAUUCAGUCUAGUCUCGGAAGGACUAGGGGGUAACCCAAGACUGGCGGAUGUAGGAGGACCAGGCUUCCUGAUCCCCACCCCACAGAAAGACAAGAAAUUCACGUUUGCACAAAUCGCAAAAUUAGUGGAUUUGCCAGGAGCUUUUAUGAUCGGAGCAGGUGCUGGACCUUGGGAACAUGUCGGCUGUAACAGUGAGUUGAUGAAUAAUGUCAUGAUCGAUAGUAACGGAGGCAUAGUGAGGAACAAUGCACACAUUGCUAAAGUCAACCGAGAGGACAAUUCCUGCAUACUGGAGAAACUAACAUGUCCACAGUUCAACCUGAUGGGGAAUUUUUUAGUCUCCGAAGGGAAAUGCUGUAAAGUAUUGGAGGUGAAAGCUGGAAAGAGGACCGGAGAGGAAAACUUUGUGUCCUGCAUGCGUAAGACACUGAAGAGUUACUAUGACGACAAGAUAGUGGCCCUUGGAGGGGUGUUCCUGAUAGAGAAGGGCAAAGCCAACCUCCACAUAAUGCCCGACUUUUCCAAAGAACCACUGAAAACUCCAGAACAAGUGAAUAAGUGGCUCAAUUUCUACGAUAUGUCGGCACCACUUGUCUGUGUGGGGGAACUAGUGUCACACGAUCCGGGUAUGGAUCUCCGGGUGGACCACUUCCACUGUUUCAGUGACCACGGAGAGGGUGGUCAUUAUCACUGGGACACGACCCCGGAUGACGUCCAAUACCGUGGCUACUUCGUCCUAGCCGAGUAUAUCUACAGAGUGGACCAGCCCCCACAGAUUACAGACCUCGCUCGUUAACUUAUCUUCAACCGCAGUUAUGUCUUACGGUCACGCACGUGGUUGACCGUAUACCUAGUUCAUUUGGACACAGUUCACUAUAUAGUCAACUAAGUUGAAGUGGCCUAGCGUAUAUAUAACUCUAGUGAUUCCCUGGUAAAAUUAUUUUUAGCUGGGAAUUGUUACGUUUGAUUGACACUAUGUUCCAGAUAUUUCAGUAAGUGGUAGAUAAUUAUGGUAUCUCAUGUGCUAUGCAGAGAUUUACAAUACUGAAUUAAUUAAUUAUUGCUUCAUGAUGUAAUUUAAAUGACAGGCAGGUUGUUCCAAUUUUACACUUGAGUUUCCCAGUUUCAAAAAUAUUCUAGACUAUAAUAUGUGGUAAGCUCCGUAAUUUAUAAAUAAAAACAUUUAUAAUAAACAAUU